UCGGGGGCGUGGUGACCGACUGUGCUUUUUAACGACAGCACUCUUGUUUUGCUAGUUUAACGUUAGUCGUUGUGGCUAACGCCUUGCUGUGAAUUCGUUCACUUAGUUUACACAUCAGUUUAGGUAUUGGACCGGAUAAAGCAAUAUUUUAGUGUAACGUAAACCUAGUAGAUAUCCGUAAACUUUUUAUUCGCUCUAACUGUUUUGCAGUAGCUCAAAGCUAGCCAGCUAGCAGGGCUAACUGUGUGGCUAAUGUUAGUUUUUAGCAUCGCUAGUAGCUAAAUGUUAGCCGGAAGACCAUAAUCCUCUAACGUAAAUACAGCAGGCUUUAGCUUUAUCUAAACUGGUAACACCAGUGCCAGAAAAAUUAGCUCUCAAGCGGGAGGACUGACAUGAACGAUGGCGUUAACUGUGGACGUCCCCGCAGAUGAGUGGCCCUGAGAAAUGAUUCAGCUGGAUGACUUAGCAACAAUGUCCUGCAAAUCAACCAAAGUGGCCCCAAGUGUUGAUUUCGACCACAGUUGCUCCGACAGCGUGGAAUAUUUGACGCUUAAUUUCGGCCCUUUUGAGACUGUUCAUCGGUGGAGAAGGCUCCCUCCGUGUGAUGAGUUUGUUGGCGCAAGGCGCAGUAAGCACACAGUUGUGGCAUACAGGGAUGCCAUUUACGUGUUUGGGGGAGACAAUGGGAAGAACAUGUUGAAUGACUUGCUCCGCUUUGAUGUGAAGGACUGCUCAUGGUGUCGAGCCUUCACCACUGGAACUCCACCUGCUCCCAGAUAUCACCAUUCAGCUGUUGUCUAUGGCAGCAGCAUGUUUGUUUUUGGGGGCUACACUGGAGACAUCUACUCAAACUCAAACCUGAAAAACAAAAAUGACCUUUUUGAGUACAAGUUUGCAACAGGGCAGUGGACUGAAUGGAAAGUGGAAGGGAGCUUGCCGGUGGCUAGGUCUGCACAUGGGGCUACAGUCUAUAGUGACAAACUGUGGAUAUUUGCUGGCUAUGAUGGGAAUGCCCGGCUGAAUGACAUGUGGACCAUCAGUCUGCAAGAUCGAGAACAUGCGUGUUGGGAGGAGAUCGAUCAGAGUGGUGAGAUUCCUCCAUCUUGCUGCAACUUCCCUGUAGCCGUAUGCCGGGACAAGAUGUUUGUGUUUUCUGGUCAGAGUGGAGCCAAGAUCACCAACAACCUCUUCCAGUUUGAGUUCAAGGGGCACAUGUGGACUCGCAUCCCGACUGAACACUUACUGCGGGGCUCCCCCCCACCUCCCCAGAGACGUUAUGGCCACACUAUGGUUGCCUUUGAUCGCCACCUGUAUGUAUUUGGAGGUGCUGCUGACAACACUCUGCCCAACGAGUUGCACUGCUAUGAUGUGGACUCUCAGACCUGGGAGGUGAUCCAUCCCAGCCUGGACAGUGAGAUGCCCAGUGGGAGACUCUUCCAUGCUGCUGCUGUGAUUCAAGAUGCCAUGUACAUCUUUGGAGGAACUGUGGACAACAAUGUGCGCAGUGGGGAGAUGUAUCGAUUCCAGUUCUCCUGCUACCCGAAGUGUACUCUCCAUGAGGACUAUGGCAAACUGUGGGAAAAUCGUCAGUUUUGUGAUGUGGAGUUUAUUUUGGGCGAGAGGGAGCAGAGAGUCCUGGGGCAUAUUGCCAUAGUGACUGCAAGAUGUCGGUGGCUGCGGAAGAAAAUCCUGCAGGCUUGGGAUAGGCAGCGACAGAAGGCUAAACAGGAGAGCAGCGAGGAAAGUGACGAAGGGACAUUUGGAGGCCCGAGGGAUAUCCCCGCAGGCAGCAGGCCAUCGGGCACACAGCCGAUGCUAGAGGUAUCCAUCAGGGAAGCGGAGGCCCAGCCUUUUGAAGUCUUAAUGCAGUUCCUCUACACAGACAAGAUCCAGUACCCACGCAGAGGUCAUGUCCAGGAUGUUCUUCUAAUCAUGGAUGUAUACAAACUAGCCCUUAGUUUUAAGCUUUCCCGACUGGAGCAGCUGUGUGUGCAGUACAUUGAGGCAUCUGUUGACCUGCAGAACGUUCUUAGUGUUUGUGAAAAUGCCAACAAGCUGCAACUGGACCAGCUCAAGGAACAUUGCCUUAAUUUUGUGGUGAAGGAGUCGCACUUCAACCAGGUGAUCAUGACAAAAGAGUUUGAACAUCUGUCCACCCCACUGAUUGUGGAGAUAGUGAGACGAAAGCAGCAGCCUCCUCCCAGGUUGUACUCAGACCAGCCUGUGGACAUUGGGACCUCCCUGGUCCAAGACAUGAAGGCUUACCUGGAGGGAGGCGGCCUGGAGUUCUGCGACAUUGUCCUGCUGUUAGAUGGACACCCACGACCCGCUCAUAAAGCCAUUCUGGCCGCCCGUUCAAGUUACUUUGAGGCAAUGUUCCGUUCCUUCAUGCCCGAGGACGGUCAGGUUAAUAUCUCCAUCGGCGAGAUGGUUCCAAGUAAGCAGGCCUUUGAGUCCAUGCUGCGUUAUAUCUACUAUGGCGACGUUAACAUGCCUCCAGAGGAUUCCCUCUAUCUGUUCGCUGCACCAUAUUACUACGGGUUUUCCAACAACAGGCUGCAGGCUUACUGUAAGCAGAAUCUGGAGAUGAACGUCACUGUGGAGAAUGUCUUGCAGAUUCUGGAGGCAGCUGAUAAGACCCAGGCUCUGGACAUGAAGAAGCACUGCUUGCACAUUAUUGUCCACCAGUUCAUCAAGGUAUCCAAGCUCCCCAACCUGCGGUCUCUCAGCCAGCUGCUGCUGUUGGACAUCAUUGAGUCUCUAGCUACACACAUAUCAGACAAACAGUGUGCUGAGAUGGGCUCCGACAUUUAGGAUGACGCCAAGAGGGCGGGGCCUUUUCUCCUCUCACAGAAGCCAUACAUUUCUGCUCCACCAACUUUAGUCAUUCCCUCCUCCCCAACACGCAGUACUUUACUUUGGACCUCGCAUGUCUUGACCCCCAUACAGUAGAUACCUUUUUAUCUGUGAUUGGAGUUGUUCUUUCACUCUGCGUCUCAAUGAGGAGUGAAAUCAGUGAAGAUACCAUAUUCUAGCUCAGUUAGAAAUGUUAAAAUGUCUAAAAAAAUCCCUUUAUGUUAAUUUUAUUUUGACUACAUGAAAGGAAGGGUUUCUGCUCAGUAUUGCUGCUGCAUUUUUAGAUAUGCAGUGGACUGUAAUAAUUCGUACUUGUGAUACUAUAGAAGUGUUGCCCUUGACUGUUAAGUUAUCUGCCCAGAUACUUAAUCAAAAUAUACUAUAAAAUGGAUUAUUCAUCAUCAAUAAAUCUGUAUUGUAUUCUCAGCUCUGACACAGUUAAGAUUAUAUGAAAAUAAUUAGAUUGUGUGUUUGUCUUAAAGCGGUUUUGUUUACAGUUAGUCAUUGGCACACAUCUUUGUAAUACUAAUCACUUCAUACCAUUACUAAUGAGCUGUCUUCAUCCAUACAGUAUAGCAGUGUGUAUUUAGUGACAUCAGUAUGUUAAUAUUUACCCACAUGGAAAUCAUGUAUUUAAAGCCUUAAUAAAUCUUCUCAUACAAAAUGA